UCUGACAUUGUGUGAGACAGACAUCUGAAUAAACUGCGCACAGACGUGUCUUUAAACAUACCGCACCGAGGCACGCCGUGCAUGAUUACCUCUUUGAUUUAAUGGGUCCAAUCAUUGGGAUGUCACCAGAUAAGAAAACGGAAAUUCCGGGUAUGCAAGAGGAGCGGACGGGGCUCAGAGGUGUUUGUGGAGUAGGAACACUGCCUGAGGCGGAGUGUGCGUCCAGUCCGCUGGCAACCAGCGUGGAUCGCACUGGAGGUACAGAAGAUGAGGAGCUCACCAACCUCAACUGGCUCCACGAGAACCUGCUUCAGAACUUCACCUUGGGGGGUCCUGAAGCUCAGCCCAGUGGCAGCCCCCUUUUCGACAUAGAGGGAGACUACGGGCCCGGCCAGGGCCCCUCAUCCUCCUCCUCAUCCUCGUCGCACAGCAGAGGCAGGGAGCGGGACUCGUUGAAGUCUAAGCCCCCUUUCUCAUUUUCUCUGCUCAUCUACAUGGCCAUUGAGCAGUCUCCCAGCAAGUCUUUGCCUGUUAAAGAAAUCUAUGGCUGGAUUCUUGAGCACUUCCCUUAUUUCUCCAAUGCUCCCACUGGAUGGAAGAACUCAGUUCGUCACAACUUGUCCCUGAACAAAUGCUUCCGCAAGGUUGAAAGGAGUUUGGGAAAGGCCAAUGGAAAAGGUUCUCUGUGGUGUGUGGACCCCGAGUACCGCCCCAACCUGAUCCAAGCCCUUAAGAAGCAGCACUUCCCUGCCGCACAUGCCUUCUGCACACCACCCGCCUCCCCACCCAGUGCCUCCUCACCCCCUCGCCAUCUCUUUCUACAAGGCUGCUCAUUCAAAGAGUCUGACAUUGAUGCUGCCACUGCCAUGAUGCUCUUAAACUCUGCCCCCGGGCACCACGUUGACCCAUGCAAUUCUGACAGCCCACUGGACCUCUCCAGACCUGACUCCGUUCUGGUGAGCAGUGAUCCAAAGCAGGACCACAAUUACAGCAGCGUAGCUCUACAGCGCUGCUCUUCCCGCUCGUCCUCCUCGUCUCUUUCCUCCCUGGACGAAGGAGGCUGCGACCGCAGGCAGUCCCGCCGCGCCGGCAGCGAGGGCUUCCACAGCGACGAGGACUCCGACCUCUGGGACGAAAGGGGCGUCCACCAGACUUCUAGACGUCCACCCGCCAUCAAGUGGCCUGCAGGCAAGAGGGCGCGACGUGAGGUCAAGCCAGAGUUGGAUGAGGAGCUGAAGGAAGCCGCUGGCUCCUUGCUGCACCUUGCUGGUAUACGCAGCUGCACGGAGGGCUCCAAACGUACUGUCAAGAGCACAAAACUUAACAGGAAAUGAAGAUUUUUUUUUUUUUUGUCCCCCAUCAGACUCCGGACCCUGUGAACCCUAACCUCUGACCCCUGAUCGUCUGUCCCAGUGUGCCUCCUUCUCCUUAUCUGAUCGUUCAUUGGCCAUUUUGAGCCUUUUCUUUUUGUUUGGGAAUAUCCCUGUCCAACAACACAAAUGGCAAUAGUAUCGUUCACACAGGAGAACAAAGCCAUAUAGAGACUUUUGUAACUCGGGGGUAACUGCUGGGGGUGGGUGUUUGGGCUAUGGAGAACCAUUAAGAUACCUAUCCAAAAUGACCUGCCUGCUUCUGUUGGAUUGGGAGAUUAUGAUUCAAGAAUUUUUUUUUUUUUUUUCUCUGAAAGACAAAAUGGGAAAAGCUGAAGGUUUUAUAACUCAAAGCGUUGCAUGCUUCCUCCUCAAACCUGUAUCCUCUUCCAAGUGAAUCUAUUUAUGAAGCGAAUGAGUGCAUGUUUGUAACAGACAAAAUCUAACCUCCUGGUGUUAUCAGUUCUCCUUUUUGUGCUAAAGAAGAAAAUGCCACUGUUUUGAAAGGAAUUCUUGCUCCAUUAAUCCUCUUGUAAGAGAGAUGCAAUAAUUAAUCCACAACCUUUAGACAUUUAUUUCAUGGUGGCGUUUUUCAGAGUUGAGUAUGCUAGUUAAACUUUACAAUUAAGAGAAUGAAUGGAGUAGUAUUAUGAUCUUGUUUUGCGAUAAACUUAUUACACACGAGCUCUGACUCUAUUUCAGGAUUAGCAAGAUGUGGAAAUAGUAUUACUCUGCCACUGCCAAAUUUAGUUGCAAAGUUAGCUAUACUACUUUGCUCACAUCUGUAUGGCCAUUACUGUGCCAUAUAAACGAAAGCUGUUUUCAUUUCUUUUCUUUUUUCUUUUUUUAAUCCACUGCUCAUCCUGUCAGUCCCCUUCAUUCAUCAGUGUGUUUUUUGACAUUUAUUGUGCAGAUACAGAACAUAUAUUCACAUGUUUGGUGACGGCCUAUGCAAAGUGAACAUCUGCCAUGCAUUGCCAGAUGUUCACUGUGUGUUCAUAGGUAAUCCUCCAUAGAUUUUUAUUUUAUUUUUGUGGGGGUGUGUGUGUGUGUGUGCGCGCGCGCGUGUGUGUGUGUGUAUCAUAGUGCAUGUCGACUUCAGCCUAAACCUGAGAUGAC